AUGUUUUUGGCGUCGCUGAACACGAAUCCAUUCACAGAAUUGAGCCAGCAAAUUAAUCAGCCCCAAACCCACAAACUAACAAGCCCCAAACCAACAAGCCCUAAACCCACAAGUUCCAUAUCCAAAACCGUGCAAACCCCAAACCCACGAACACCAAACCGACAAACUCCGAACCCACAAACUCCAAACCCACAAACUCUAAACUUACAAGUUCCAAAUACAAAAGUUCCAUAUCCACAACCCCAAACGCACAACUCCAAAACCCACAAACUCCAAACCCACAAGCCUACAAACCACAAAUCAGAAAACCCCAAACCCACUAACCCCAAAUUAUAG